CUAUUCUUUGGUUUGAAUGUUUUGAAAUGUCUGCGGAGUCUAUUUUAUGCGCUAAAUGUAACCCAUGAACACAUGGUACCUUGCUGACUAUCAACACUAGCAGGAAAUUGGAGAAAAACUCAGCUUCCCACUCCACCAGGUGGAUGUUCUUGCAGGUGUAAAGUUGCUUGCUACUUUGUGAUGAACUUCACGAGGAGAAGCACAGUGUCGGAAACGUGAUUCACUUCGUGGUUGAAAACUGAAGGAUUCUGUCAAAUUCUGAAAGUCUAGAGGAUUCUGAAACUCUGGAGUUUGAGAGGACUAAGUUUGGGGUUUCUGUACCUGGAUUUUGACAGAUAUCAUACUCGGAGUUAUUUGGAUAUACUACAUGUAGGGGUUUUCAACUUGUUCCGAAACUCCUAAAUACAUGUAGAAAAGAGUUUCUUUGACAUGUGGAGGAGAAGAGAAGAGGACAAAGACAAGCGAUAACGGAAUAUUCAGUUCAUCUUUGCGCUUAAAGCAAAGAGAUCUUCUCCUUAGCCAGAUUAGGACGAGAGGCAGUUGAAACAAAACUCUGACCAUCUGUUGUGAAGAGACUUUGAGAACAUUUCACCAAAAUGAAUGCUUUCAAGAAUAUAAAGAAAAAAUUAAAGGGCAAAGUCAAGGAUAAACAAAAGAAGGGCAAGAAAGGAGAAUAUGCUGCUCAGGACGAGGAAGAAGAGCCAGAGUUGACUUGGGACACCCCUGUGGAGCCUCAGGAUGGGCAUGGGCAAAAUAAGGCGUCCCCUGUUGGUGCGACAGACACCAAUGGGAAAACUGAGCUUUCUGAUGUCAAGAGUGGUUUCAGAGACGAAAUUGUUAAUAAAACAUUUGACAAUUCAGUAGGUCCAUCUGGUACGUAUAGACCGGUGGAACCCAUUCCUUCAAAUUCUGGGAGUUUCUGUGGCACGAAUGCCGGUUAUUGUCAAGGAAUUGGUGACAUUGGGAGUAAAGGAUAUGAUCAUACCGAUGACAUAGCAACAGGUUUACCAGAGACUGGUUUUAGUGGUUCCAUAGGGGGCCCCAAAGGUUCUGGUGAUAAUGCCCCUUGGACUCUGGACCUUGGCGACAUAGGCGAUUUGAGUGGUAUUGUAGAUAGUAACGGAGGUAUCAUUAGUGCAGGAUUAGCAAAUGGUAAUGGAACUGACACAAGUAAGGGUAAUGGCAUUGGCAUAAGUAAAGGUAUUGGUGAGGUUAUUGACAUUAAUGAUAAUAGUGCUGACAUUAGUGAGGAAUUCGUCGAUGGUGGUGACAUUAGUGAGGAGUAUUCAGUGGAUGCUGAUCUGACAGCCUCCGAACUGUCAGAGUUUCAGGGAGAACUUGACGCGGAUCAGGAUAGACAUUUGCAUAAUAUAAAUGAAUUUGAGGAGGACAGUGGAUACAUGCACAAUGUGUUUGAUGCGGCUGAUUUGCAUCUGGACCUACCGCCAUCCGAUGAGGAUAGGGAUGAUUCGAUCAGUGAUGACCACAUGCCCAAUGGAGUGGCCGGGGGUGGCAGUAACAGCUCUGGAGGCUCUGAACAACGCCUAAUAGGCCUGCGGGAGGAAUCAAAUGCAAAAGCUGAUGCCAAGGCAAAUAUGACCUUGAGUAAUCUCAAGGGUCCAAACGUCGCAGGUGGAGGAAAGCAAAAUAUUACAAAAACUGAAACUCACACGAUAGAACAGGUCCGAACAGACGGGGAGGAUGUUUUGAAGGUAACCAAGUCUGUCACCGAGGCUGUUUCUAGUAGCCAUAGCAACAGCGUAGUUACUGGGGAUGUCUCAAAGAAAACAUCGAAAGACGGAACAAAAGAGGUCACUGUCAUCAACGCGGGACAAAAGACCACUGUUAUCAAACAUGAGACUUCGAGUACUUCCAACGCGAGUAAGAUGCGCUCGCCAAGCAAACUCCCUACUUUGGGCAGUUCGAAAGAGAGCCCUAAACGCACUGCGGGUUCUGCCGACACUCAAAAGAAACCCUCUCCACGUGCGGCAUCUGCCGGUGCGGCAAAAUCGAGCCCCAGAGCAGCCUCUACCACCCCCAAAGACUCGCCACGAUCAAAACCGGAAGGACGGGAUUUAAAGCGACCUAUGACGUCACCACAAAAAGGAACCUCACCGAGAAAUACGCCUUCAGAUGCCAGGGGAUCUACGAGCAGUGAUGGCAAGAGUCCACGAGGAGCUUACGGAGCUGUUGGGAGCAAAUGUGGAUCCAAGGCCAAUAUUCAUCACUCACCAGGUGGUGGUAACGUAAAGAUUGAAUCGAAAAAACUCGCCUACAAAGAAGUGGCCAAAUCAAAAGUUGGAUCACUCAACAAUGCAACACACAAACCUGGUGGUGGAGAAAAGAAGAAUGAAGAUAGUGAUGAUCAUGAUGAUCAUGAUGAUCAUGAUGAUGGGGGUAGCGACGACAACCUGUCACCAGAGAGUUACCGUAAGAAAUACGGCCGUAACCGAGAUGAAGAUGGCGAUAGCUCCAGCGAUGGCGACAUGUCGCCAGAGACGUAUCGCCGUAAACACGGUCACCGUCGAUGGAAGCGUAACCCUGACGAUGAACUUAAUUGGGAUGCAGAUGCGAAAGUCGAUACAUUCAAUAAGAAUUAUAAAAAGCCUGUGCGUGGACGUACCCAGCAAUCAAAAAACGUCAAAUUAACUUGGCGAGCAGCUGCUAAGAUUAGUACCUUUAAUACAAACUACAAACCCACCAAAAUUAUGUCAAAGUUUAAGCCAGUUGAAACUGAGGAUCUUGAUUGGAAGGCUGAUGCUAAAGUCAGUACUUUUAAUAAGGACUACAAACCGGGACAGAGCAACUUCAAGAUUCCAAAGCAUGAAAAGAUGAAAUGGAAGACUAAGGGUACUAUGAACACACAGCCGACAGGGGCUGCCAAACAAGAUGCCGAGAAGAUACGGGAUGAGAAGCUCACCUGGAAGGCCGAGUCGAGAGUGGGGUCCCUCAACAAUGCGACCCAUAAAGCGGGUGGUGGUGAAAAAAAGGAGGAAGACGGUGUUGUGAUAUUUAGCAAAAAAUGUGAUUGGGAAGCGAAAUCAAAAAUCUGUUCAUUUUCCAACGUGAAACAUAAGCCAUGUGGCGGCAAUGUGAAAAUAACCGACGAAAAGGUGGCUUGGGAUGGGAAGUCCAAAAUACGGUCGUUAGCGAACGUGAAGCAUACACCAAAAGGCGGCGAGAUAGAGAUUUUAGACGAACGGUUAUCAUGGGAAGCAAAAUCAAAGGUCAAGUCAUUAGAUAACGCGAAGCAUAAACCGAAGGGUGGCGAUAUUGUGAUCCUGGAUGAGAAAGUGGAUUGGGAGGGGAAAUCUAAGAUUGGAUCGUUGCAGAAUGUCAAACAUAAACCAAAGGGAGGAAACAUUCAGAUCACAGAUGAAAAAUUGGAAUGGGAAAAGAAGGCAAAGACUCAAUCUAAGAACACGUCAUAUACGCCCAAAGGUGGUGAUAUUGAGAUAAUUAAUGUCAAGGUAGAUUGGGAUGCCAAGUCGAAGGUCGGCUCUUUCAAGAAUGCUACGCAUAAGCCCGGUGGGGGUGAUAUUGAGAUAACAGACCAAAGAUUAGAAUGGGAUGCUAAAUCUAAAGUCGGCUCGCUAGCGAAUGUUACGCAUAAACCCAGUGGAGGGGAUAUAGAGAUAACAGAUCAAAAAUUAGAAUGGGAUGCAAAAUCUAAAGUCGGCUCACUUGCGAAUGUUACACAUAAACCCAGUGGAGGGGAUAUAGAGAUAACGGAUGAAAAAUUAGAUUGGGAUGCAAAAUCAAAGAUCGGAUCGUUAGCGAAUGUUCAGCAUACCCCAGGUGGGGGUGAUAUAGAGAUUUUAGACGAGAAAAAAGACUGGCAGGCGGAGGCGCGGAUAGGAUCGCUGAAGAACGUUAAACACGUGCCGGGUGGGGGAGACAUUGAGAUAUUAGACGAAAAACUCGAGUGGGAAACUGAUGCAAAAAUACGUUCCUUAGAGAAUGUUCGGCAUACACCGAAUUCAUCGGAAAUCGAGAUUUUGGAUGAAAAGUUAGAUUGGGAUGCACAGGCCAAAGUGCGAUCUUUAAAAAAUAUUCACCAUUCACCUGGAGGGGGCGCUAUAGAGAUUGAGUCCCACAAGGUCGACUUCAAAGACAAGGCCGCACCUAAAGUCGGAUCCAAGGACAACCUCACCCACAAGGCCGGUGGGGGUACAAAAAAAGUAAAAAGUCAAGCCCAGAUUGAAUCCCAAAAGUUAACUUUCCGGGAGAACGCCAGGGCGAGGACAGAACACAAAAGUACGAGUAGCACAGGAAGUCCACGAAAAAGCCUUACAGAGGACGACGUUUCGGAACCAUCAGAUCUGAAUGAUAACAACGAAGUUGCAGAAAUACCCUCAGAUUCUGCAUUUGCCGCACCAGAAACAGCAGAGAAAUGAACACAAUUUGCGGAAAGAUUGAUAUGAUGUUUUGUACAACAAUAUGCAGGAAGUUAUUGCCAAGCUGACUAAACUGAAAAACUUCAAAUUUUGCUAUGUUAAACGUUGGCGAGUUUGGCAUUACCAUUGAUUUUAACCACAAACUGAUUGUUGAAUGUUUCUGUACAUUUUCGGAUGCACCCAAUAAUCAGCAUUUCACAGGAACUCGACAACUAUACCUUAGUGCUGGCCAGGCAAUAACUCCCACUGCUCUUCCUGUAGGGAUACAACUUUGUGCAGAGAAGUGCUGUUAUUCCUUCAUGUCAGAACAAAAAGUGUGUUUGAAAGUGCAACUGGUUGACAAAGUACAACUUUGGUGUUCCUUUCUGUGUUGGCAGUGUUAUGGCACUUGUCAUAAAGGUCAGCCUCAAGGUCACUUCGUGACAUGCGGGCCUAACAGUCAACCACAUACUCUUCCAUUUAAAUUGUGUCACAUUUAUGGUGAAUUGGUGGGCAAAAGAACUUUCAUAUAAUUUAUAUACGCAUGAUACAGGCAGUACCUAAAAACUCUAAGAAUUAUGCAUCAUUUCACGUACAAAGAGUAAUUUAAUAGACUGAGAAAUUGUAGAUUUGUAACUGCUAGUACUGCCAUCUAUCAAACAUUGGUUGAGCCAUGCAUGCACUGUGCCAUAUCAAUACAUUUAAGAACUUGGGAUCGUUUCAAAAAAUGUUGUGAUAUUAAAUUGAAAUUGAGAGAAAAAUGACUGAGGAAAAUGAUUUCAAAAUAUAUUUUCUGUGUUUUUCGCUGUUUGCUGUGGCAAUAAAUGUACCGACAAGAAUCGAGAAUUGAGCCCAAGUUUUUUAAUGUGUGAUCUAUAAUCACGAAAUUAUAAUUGUAGGAUGCCUUGAUUAUGGAUUAUAGAGAUAGAGAACUGUUCAAUAGGAGAACCUUUAUUUACUAUCAUGAUAAUAAGAAAUGUUAGAUUAUUAUGUGUUUUUCUAUAUGUGUAAAUCAUAUUUAUGAUAAGCUGGCAUCUCUAUAGGUUGUUCCAAAUACCUCAGUUUGAUGUUUCGAAAAUUUCUAAUCUUUGAAAAUUUGAUUGGAGGUAAAAAAGCCUAGAAAGCAGAUCUAUUAGUUAUAGACAUAUUGCUAAAAACUGUCGCGUCAUGACAUAUUGAUGGUCAUUACCUUAUUGUUGACACCAUGUUGAACUCUGAUGUCACCUCAGAUUUUGACGACCAGUAUCGCGGCAGCAUGACAUCAUGGAACAACAUGUUCACAGAUUGCGCUGAUCACCUAUUCGACUGACCUUGGAACAGCCUAUGAAUUUGAUAUUUGUAAAAUGUAUAAUGUAAAUUAAAUUUGAAUUCUUUGUCAACAUUCCACUGUAACUAUUUGUUUUUGUUAAGAUUUCUGUCUCCAAAGUAGUAUAAUGAUUUCGUCAAAAUGAAUGUAAAUGAUAAAAUUCGACUGGGUGUAAAUAAUACAGAAGUAGUCAAUUAAAUGUAAAUCUGUAUUGCAUGAACUGUGGCCAUUUAUUUCGCACGGGUAUUUCUUCUUAUCCGAUUUCAUUUCAUGAGUUUAUUACUAACUUGGUGAGGGAUUUUGUUUAUAAGUCAGUUUAAUACAAAGAGUCAGUAACAUGGAUUUGGAUCAAUCCAUCGGUUAGUAAUGAAUUGGAAAAGAUUACAUAACAUGUUGACUUUUCAUGUUAAAGGGACUAUGAUGUCAGUGAAAGCCUAUAGUGUUGUAGGGGUACCCAGACUUGCAAACAAUUGCAAUUUGUUAUCAUAGCCCCUUUAUCAUUUACAAAUGUUUGCUUUUGUAAUGAAGUCAUUUCUUAAUAGUUGAGUCUGGUUCUUCACUUAUGAUAGUAUUGUUACUAAGUUUAUUUAUUUAGAAUUUCACUCCCAGGGGUUAACAGGUUAAGGGUUUUUACUCUAUAAUUUUCUAGAAAUCAUACUUUAUAAACAUGAAUCGGUGAGCUUCAGUCAGUGCAUCUUGCAUGUAUGAUCAUUAUGCUAACAUGGUCAGUUUUAUAACUUCAUGAACAUUACUUUCAACGGUUUUCAACACACUUUUCUUACUUGGCUUCUGUGCUGUAAAGAUAUGUUGCAUCCUGUGGAUAGGUUCUGUAUCACACACUAGGAGGCGCCUCCUUACUUUGCGGUGUGCACUUGCUUGUAACUGUUAUAUAUGUGUACCUGAAGGGAUACUGCAGUCAUGCAAUUAGGAUAUGAGCUGUUAAUUUGGUUUUCUUAUUACAUUUAGUAUUUCCUGUUGGAAAAAAGCCCCAGAUUUGGGGGCAAAUGACUAUCGGAUAUGGAUGGGACAGCAAGGUACAUCCUGAACAUGCGGAGAGGGAUGAUACCGUUUGAGUUUGUAGUUGGUGCACUACAUAAAAGAAAGACCAAGUUUGGGAAACCGGUUAAGCUUGUUAAAUCGGUCAGCUAGUUCCUAUUGAAGGGGACUCUAAGCAGGGGCUAGGAGGGCAACUUGAUGGUCUCCAGGUGGCCACAUUGCACUGAGAAGGAACUUAGUUUUAUUUGACGAUUGGCAAAAAGAUGUGCACAGGCGUAAAUGGAGCUAAUUGUGGAUAUGCCCUUUGUUCGCAGCACGAACAAUAAUUGACCUUAACCUGGCUCCUGUCUGUGGUCUCUCAGCAUGACAUGACCAGUAUCCCUUUCAUGGUAUUUCAUGCACAUUACGUGUUAUCAGUGUCACGUGUUGAUGGAAUCGAACAAAACAAAAAUCGGACAGUAUUAUUUAAGAAAAGUUAACGGGUUAAAUUGUUAUAGGGUCGCUUUUGUUUGAAAUCAAAUCAGGUUAGACCUUACUAAGUUAAAAGUUUCAAUUUUGCAAAAUAUAUGAUUAUAUAAUUUUAUUCAAGUCAGUAAGUGUAAAUUGAUAAGUGAUUGUAUCCUGCAAUGCAUAUAAGCUUGAAUUUGACAGACAGAAUUUGAAUUAUUCCGAGGAAAUGUUUGGCUUCAUAUAUAUAUGAUCUGUAUGUAAUUUAUCCUUCAUACAUGUAUAACUAUCUCGGUUUUAUCACAAACCCUAAGCAAUACACUGCUUGUGAUUAUUGUCAAAGACACCUUGAAUGAAACAAGGUUGGCAACCGAACUGGUUCCGUUUACACAUUUUAAAAUGAUGGUGCCGAUACUUCUGCUCUAUCUCUGAAUGGAAGAAAACUUUCAAUAUUAUUUGAUAUAUUGUGGUGCACCCUGUAGAAUAUGUCAAAACGCAAGUGAGAACGGACUUAUCCAGGAGUCAACUGUGUUCCAGUGUGAACAUUUUUUAAAGAUGGGCAUCAACUGCGGUAAAUUUGCGCUAGGGAAAAUUUCAGCAAUAAGUUUUCAUCUCGGAUGUCCUCGUGCUAGGUACUGUUGAUAAUCCUGAUUACCUUGAUAGCUGGGGGAACCUAGCCUACCUAAUUUACCUUUAAUCUCGGAGCGAAAGACUUUGCUAACAGCCAAGAUGAUAUUAUUAUUAUCUCCCUCCUGAGGCAAUAAACCUCGUGCUGACUGCUGGUAUAGAAUGAGCAUUGAAUUAUUUUCUCAUGGAAUAAGUGGAAAUGUGUUGGACAAAGUGAGGUGGGGCCUAAUAUUUUUAGCUCUCUUGCGCAGAUUUGUCGUAAUUGUCAUUGUCAGGUCUAUUUGUCCUUUGAUGGAAAAGCUGUUGAUAAAACUUAUAUCUGUCGGCUGUUGAUAAGACUUAUAUCUGUCGGUGUUACUUCAUGUGUUGUUACUGUUGAAACUUGGGCAGCUGACUGAUAAAUUAAAGGCACACUGCACUGAAUGAUUUGUGACAUUUAUCGGACUCUUUAAAGGACAGAAGCAUGUUAUAUCCAGUCAAGCAUUCACAAUAGCAGCAGUUGAUUACCAAAACAACUUCAAGAUUUGAAAUUAUCAAAGACAAAGUGUCAUAGUUUUGCACAAAAACGAAUUGAUCAGUGAAGAGUGUCUUUAAACCUACUAUAGUUUUCCUUCUCCUUGUAAUACUGCUGGUACAGGGAGAUAGUGAAACAGUGUGAAUCUACUGUUACCUCAUUAUUCGUGUGAAUUGAUGUGUUUAUGGGAACAGACGUUUGGGUACGUCCAUUUUGCUGACAUUGCUUUGCUUGAAUUUUUGAUGGUCGAAAUUGAACACUGACAGUACUAACCAGAAAUAUUUGUUCAACCUGCUGUAGUGGACUAGAAACCUAUCCAAAUAGCAGCUUUUUCCUAGUAUUUUACUAGUAGAUCCAUCAUCAGUUAAUUAGCAAUACAAGAACGGAUGAUUUUGACGUGCAGGAUGGGAUUAUAAUUGUCAAACUCAGCUCUACUUGUCGCAGCUAGGCUUAUGCUUUUGAAACAGGUUGAUGUAUUCCGGACACAGAGAUUGUAUUCUUUGGUAGAUUGUAAAUUCCAUGCAUUAAUUAUUGCUCCAUGCCUUGAAAAAUAUAUGCGCAUGAUAUACAUGUAGUAACCAAAUAAUGCAGUUAUAGAUUUUCAGCAGAAUGGACUGCCCUUCACUACAUUUACAUGUACUAAAUGAUUUGGUUCACCUCAACUUGCCGUCGCCUUGCUGUAUAUUUUGUCAUGUGUUUGUUACAUUGAUGCACAUGGAAUACUGGCAAGGUUGUGGUGGACUGAGUCCUACUUGUCGUACAUUCACUUAAUUAAUAAAAGGUGUUUGACAGAUGGUGAUGGAA